AAAUUUUAAAUUGACACCUGACGUUGACAGCAAAUCAUUUGAAGGUUAUGUUGACAAAAUAAUAAAAUAUUUCAGUAAUUUGAGAAAUGACUGUAGAAAAUUUAGAAAAUGACCAAAUAAUACUAGCAACUGGCGGAUACGACCACACGAUUAAACUAUGGCAGACUCACACGGGUAUUUGCAACAGGACCCUGCAACAUGCUGAAUCGCAAGUUAAUGCUCUGGAAAUCACUCCCGAUAAGCAACUCCUGGCAGCGGGAGGUUACCAGCACAUUCAGAUGUACGAUUUGGCCUCAAAUAACAGUAUCGCAGUAGUCAACUACGAAGGGACUUCGAAAAACGUCACUAGCGUUGGAUUCCAAGAGGACGGUAAAUGGAUGUACUCAGGUGGCGAAGACAGUAGAGCCCGGAUAUGGGACUUGCGGUCGAGAAACAGUCAGUGCCCGAAAAUAUUUGAAGUGCAAGCCCCGAUAAACUGCGUUUGCUUGCAUCCCAACCAAGUGGAGCUGUUCGUCGGCGACCAGAACGGGAUUAUAUAUCGAUGGGAUCUUAGAACUGAUAAUAACGAACAGUUGAUUCCAGAAAACGAUGCGAUGAUCCUGGACGUAGAUAUUUCCCCUGACAGCCAGCUGAUGGCUGCUGUGAACAACAAAGGUAGAUGUUACAUUUGGAGCCUCAUCUCUGGUAGCAUCGACACCCCUACGAAAAUGAUUCCAAAACAGAAGUUCGAUGCUCACAAAAGGCAUGCUCUCAAGUGCAAGUUCAGUCCUGAUUCAAAGUAAGUGGGAAUUCCAAGUAAGUU